AUGACGGAAACUAUCGAAUUCAGAGCAGGAAAAUGUGACUACAAUGAGGAAAGCAAGAUCUGCACGCCGAAGCCUAUGAAGGGUAAGAUUGUGAUCAAGCCAAGUGAGGAGGCACAAGGAUUUUAUGACUUUAAAUGGAGUACUAAGGAAAAGACAGCUGGAAGUUCAGUAGAUCCAAUUGAGUUUAUUUUGAUUCCUGGGGAAACGAAGUGGGUGGACAUCAAAUCUUCCAAGAACGGUAGAAUCUUGUGUUUGCUCUUUUCCAGUGGUGAGAAAUGGUUUUUCUGGCUACAGGAUAAGCAUGUAGGUACUGAAUCGCUCAAUGAGUGGAGCCAGAAGGAUAAAGAAUUGCUUGCUAAGCUUCAGAAAUUGUUGGAGUUUGAAGAAGAGGAAGAGGAAGAAGUAACACAACCUGAGGCUGAGGCUGAGGCUGAAAAGAUGGAUGUUGACCAAACGGAAGAUGAGCAAAAACCUAGCGAAAAUGAAAAGGCCUCCGAUGAGCAACCGAAAGCUGCAUCAAAUCCAUUCAUUCCCAUCAAACACCUCUCUGAUUUUCUCACAAAGGAUAUGCUAGUUAAGCACAUUGAAUCUUUAUCUGAAGAUUCAAAAGAGCUGCAAUCAUUAUACACCUGUCUUCCAGAAGAUAUAGAAAAAAAUAAAGGAAACCUCAUCAAAUGUGUGAGAGGACCCUUCUUUCAGCAAGCUGUUGAUACCUUAGACCAGGCCACGAAGCAGAGUUUCGCUGGGCAGCAGCUUUCCAGUAUGUUUGGUUACCCAUACGCGGGUGAGGGUCCUCAAGCCCUAAUCCGUGGUUUGAGGGAAAAGGGACUAAAAGAAAAGGAAAAGGAGACGAAAGAGACUGGUUCUUCCGAAGAUGGGAAUAAAUAA